CUCGAUGUCGACAGCCAAGAGAACAUGGAGGACUUCUACUAUGAGUUCGAGAAGUAAGGCAGCUACACAGCUAUAUAUUCAGGUGCAGCUCCGUGCAACUUGUUAACAUCCAUUGUUCACGUGUCCAUCAUGACUCUUGGUUCAGCCGUAGAAUCUGCCAGCGACGUCGUCUCCAACCGAAAAUCGAUGAAACAGUUCUCUGGAAUAGUAUAUAAACUUGACGUUGACACUCAAGAGAACGUGGAAGACUUCAUCUACGAAAUGGGCAUCCACGACCUGGAGGCGAUCCGGAACGCGGUGACGCUGGACUCGACGUUCAUGCUGACGGUGGAGGGCGACCGCUUCACGCAGACCUCGCAGACGGGCGACUGGAAGGAGUCCUUCUCGUACCGGCUGGGCGAGCCCUUCGACCAAGUGGCGUACAACGGUGUCAAGAUCCGCAGCGUCAUCACGGCAGUCGGCCCUACGACGCACUGUCACGUCCAGGACUACGCGGACGGCUUGCAGAUGAAAAUAGAGAAGUGCUUCAGCCCCGAGAAGCUCGUCCUGACUCUCACCCUCAAGGAUAUCGUCGCAAGGAGAGAAUACCUCGCUGUAAAUAAGUGACAUCCAGUUACUACAAUCUCAAGAACCCCUUGAAAUUGAAUUUUCUUGAAGACAUUUUAAGUUUUAAAAGCAGUAGACCUGAGUUCUCCAACACGGCUACUAUGACGUGGCGUGGUGUGAUUUGCUCACAAAGUCAGUGCGAUCUGUGCAAUGUGAUUGCAUCUCAACGUCUGUUGUUGUUAUGGGCUACACUAAGAAU